AUGAACACUUUGUGGGGUUCUGGCUCCAAAACUCACUGUGUGAUCGGACCUUCAAUUUUGACGGCUGAUUUGGCUAGAUUGGCGGAUUGUGGCCACAGUUUACUUGCGGCCGGAGCAGACUUCCUGCAUUUGGACGUCAUGGAUGGGCAUUUUGUACCAAAUCUGACUUUUGGCCCUCCUUUAGUGAAAUGCCUUAGAAAACAUAUUCACCGUCCGACUAUUUUUGAUGUCCACAUGAUGGUUCAAAACCCGGAAAAGUGGGUAUCAGAUAUGGCGUCCGCAGGGGCAGAUAUUUUCACUUUUCACGUCGAAGCAUCUGCUGAUCCAGGUGCGCUGAUAAAGCAGAUCAAAGAAGCAGGUCUGAAGGUCGGCAUGGCGUUGAAGCCGAAUACGCCGAUGGCCGACGUUAAGACAUUGGUUUCAUCGGUGGACAUGGUCCUCGUAAUGACCGUUGAACCCGGCUUCGGCGGUCAGGCGUUCAUGCCUCAAAUGCUGGACAAAGUUCGAGAAUUGCGAAACGAUCGUCCGUGGCUAAACAUCGAAGUGGACGGCGGCGUCGGACCAAAGAACAUAGUCGACUGCGCCGAGGCCGGCGCAAACAUGAUCGUUGCCGGUACGUCAGUUGUUUCUCACGCUAAUCCAGAGGCGGUGAUCGAGUUCAUGAGGGAACGGGGAACGGCGGUGCUCACCGAAAAGUUCUCAACGACCAGGGACUGA